AUGCCUCCUCCGCCAACAACCAUCACAGCAACCCCUUCCUCCGAGACCCCGAGACCCAUCCUGAAGCUCGCCACCUCCCGCAAAUCCUCCUUCAGCGCUGACCUGCUCACCCCCUCCAGCGAGAAGAAGACCAUCCGCAUCAAAGUCAACACUAGCCAGCCAGGAACCCCCGCUGCUGCCGUGCCUCCUGUCCCCGUCAAGGUCUCCAAAGCUGGCCGUUCUUCCAAACCUACAGAAAAGCUCAUCGCGGCCAAGCGCGCCCUGGAGAGCGACGACGAUGAGGAUGAAAACGCACCCUUGGCUGGACGCCGUAUUUCCAAGAUCAAAGUCAGCCAGCUGCCCGCCAAGAAGGUCUACAAUAUUCAGACUCCCACGGGCCGUCUAACCCUCAAAGCCAGGGGCAAGCCUGUCGAGCAUAAACCGGGUGAGGCUUGGGACUCCGAAGCCAGCGAUCGAGAGGAAGACCCGGUACGUGAAGCCGCCAUGAUACUUCGUACCUAUCCCGGCACCUCCACCGAGUACUUGAACAAGGCCCUCGAGGAAGGCAAGAUCGGCCUGGACAAGAAGCUGGGUGGCGCCGAUCUCUCCAUAGACUGGCUCGAUGCUAAGGAACGUCGAGCCAUGGUGACCAUCGACGGACAUCACUUUGCUGCUGUUUUGGUAGACUUGCCCACCAUCGUCGAAGCCAUGAAGACGUGGGACAAGAAGAACUUCAUGAAAAACAUGGACAUCACCCAGAUGUUAUUGUGUUUUGCCGAGGUCAACAACGACCAGGAGGCCAAGACCGUUGCUCUCCCCAACAUGGUGCAGCAGACGGAAUACAAGUGGCCGCACGGAAUGACGCCUCCCAUGCACGACGCAAUCAACCGUAGGUUCCGCAAGCAGCCAUCGGAGAAGCAGUUGAUGAGCACGGCCGCACAAGUCAAGAGGCUGCUGGCCGAAGACGCGACGUGCGUGGAGCCACCCAAGUAUGAAUUCCUGCAGGAUGAAUUCGAUGGUUUUGAUGAGUCCGGCGACGAAGAUGCCGAGGGAGAAGAAGUGGACGACUACUUUGGCGGGGCCGAGUACGGCGACGAGAUCGCCCAAGGGGCCGAGGAUGAUGACGAUGACAAUGCGGACCUGGAGGCUGAACUAGAAGCAGAGCUGGCCGGGGUCGAUUUCGAGAUGGAUAUGGACGAUGCUAGAGGUGCCACGCCAACCACACAGCUAGAGGCCCACACGCCUAUGACCAUGGAAGCCACCACACCAGCUCCGGGGGUUGCCGAGAUCAGUGAUGCUGAUGGAGAGGACGAAGAAAUAUCCGAAGAGGACGACGACGACGAUGCCGACGACUCCGACCUCGAUGAAGAAGAGGCUGCCAAGCAAGGUGAGCUCAGAGAGGCGAAACACGAGAUGCACAGCAUGCAAAAGAAGGUGGCAGACCUCAAGAGUCAAAUGGCCGCACAAACCAACUCGCUCAUCCGAAACCGUAUGCAUCAGAACAUACAGAAUCUCGAGAAGGAGAUCCAGCUACGCAAAGCCCAGCUCAAUAUUACAGACGACGAGUAG